CCUAUAGGUGGUGUAGGUGUAGGUGUGCGUCCUGUAUCUGUUUUUGUCUGACAUCUUUGUAAAGUAUGGGAAAGCAUAAGAAGCACAAGCAUGGGCAUCGAAGCAGCAGCAGUAGCAGCAGCAGCAGCAGCAGUUCUAGCUCAGACGAGGAGUACAAGCACCUGCCAAAGGCAGAGAGAAAGAUGAGGAAGAAAAUGAAGAAGCAGAUGAAGAAAGGAAAGAUUCCUCAUGGUGUAGGGAUGCCAGGAGCUGGUUACCCUGGUGUGGUUCCAGCAGGUGGUGCUGGCUACCCAGGUGGCUACCCCCCAGGACACGGUGCCAUGCCACCAGCAGGUUCUGGAUAUCCAGCGACAGGGCCAGGCUAUCCUGCGGGGGGACAGGGCUAUCCCUCUGCAGCCCCAGGAUAUCCUGCCGGUGGGGUACCCCCUGCAGCUGGCUACUCAGCUGGGGGCUUUGCUCCUCCACCAGGUGGUGCCCCUGGAUACCCCGCCCAACCCCAGCCAGGUUACCCCCAGGCACCAGGGGGAGGUUAUCCAGGAAAUGUGCCCCCACCUGCCCAGUACCCAGGAAGCACUCAACAAGGUGGAUAUCCAGGACAAGGUCAAGGAGGAUAUCAAGGUCAAACUGGUUACCCCGGGCAACCAGCUGCUUCUGCCGGAUAUCCAGGACAACAGCCAGGUCAAGGCGGUUACCCAGGGCAACAACCAGGUCAAGGCGGUUACCCAGGGCAACAGCCUCCACCAGCUCAGGUUGGAGUUCCAGGUCAACAGUCAUAUGCUCCCCAAGGGCAGACAGGAUAUGGCCAGGCACCAGGGGGUGUACCCUCAGCCACAGCAGGAAUGGGGAACCUCCAGAUUGGAGGGGGGUCAAUGGGAGACAUUCCUAGACCAACCAUUCGUCCAGCAAACCCUUUCAACUGUGAAGCGGACACCAAGACUCUUCGCACUGCAAUGAAAGGAAUAGGGACGGAUGAGAAGGCCAUCAUUCAAGUUAUUGGCCACACCUCUAACAAACAGAGGCAGGAAAUUCUCAUCAUGUUCAAAACCAUGUAUGGAAAGGAUUUGAUCUCGGAUCUGAAGUCGGAGUUGUCAGGUGAUCUGGAGGAGCUGAUCCUGGCGCUGUUUAAGUCCACUGAAUACUACGACGCCUGGUGUCUCAACAAAGCAAUGAGGGGAAUUGGAACAAAGGAAUCAAUCCUGAUUGAAAUUUUGACUACCAGAACAAAUGCAGAAAUACGGGGCAUCAAGGCAGCCUACAAGCAACACUUUGGAAGAGAGCUUGAGGCUGACUGUGCCAGUGAAACAAGUGGACAUUUCAAAAGAUUGCUGGUGUCCUGUUGCCAGGCUAAUAGAACCGAGCUGACAGACAGUCAGAGACAGAUGCUGAUGCAGAGGGGUCCUGAGGCGGUGGUCGACCGGGCUCUGGCCCAGCAGGAUGCCCAGACCCUGUACAAGGCUGGCGUCAAAAAGUUUGGUACAGAUGAGUCCGCCUUCCUCUCAGUCUUAUCCAUCAGACACGAGUACCAGAUGAGGGCCACCUUUGAAGAAUAUCAGAAACUCUCUGGAAAAGACAUCCUGAGUUCAAUUGGUUCUGAGAUGUCUGGGGAUCUGGAAGAUGGUUUCAAAGCUAUCAUUAUGAGUGCUAAGAAUAGACCCAAGUUUUUCUCGGACAAAUUGUACAAAGCAAUGCGAGGAAUGGGAACCGAUGACUCCACCUUAAUCCGAAUCAUCGUGUCCCGAUCAGAGAUUGAUCUACAGAACAUUAAGGAUCAAUAUCAGAGGGAUCAUGGGAAGUCUCUUAAUGCCGCGGUGUCAUCCGAGACCAGCGGAGACUACAAGAAACUUCUGCUGGCUAUUGUAGGCCAGUGAUCCACUGCUGUCAUACACUGAUCGACCGCUAUUAUACACACCGAUCGACCGCUAUUAAAUACACCGAUCGACCGCUAUUAUACUAGAUUAACCUUUAUUUCUUGUUAUACGUGCUUGGUGAUUUUAGUAUUUACAUUCAGAUUGCUAAGUACUUUGUACUGUUCUUUGUUAGCAAAUAUGGUAAAUGUUUGUUUUGAAUUGCAUUUAUCAGAUAUUUUAGUGCAGAUCAUAAUAUUGUUUUUUAGAAAAAUUUUGUUGUAUUUAAAUAGGUUUAGGUAGCAAUGUAAUCUCAUGUAAAUGUUUAUGUAUAUCAUUAUGCAAAUUGUGGACUGGAAGCUCUUAACCACAUAAUUAUUUAGAUUUAAAGUGUUGUGUUUUAUCUAGUGUUCGGUAAUGUUUACUUAGAUGUACCAGUAAUAUGUUCUUAAGUGAAUUCAAUUUUUAGCAUUCUGUGUUCUACAAUUCCAUGUAAAGUAUUUUAUACUGAUGUUUCUAUUUACCCAGAGAUCAUUGACUAGUAAAGCAUUUGUGACUACCGUAUCUUCAAUCUAAUUAAAAUUAGAUCCUUAACGAUGUCGCUGUGAGGAUCUGACAACAUCCCAUAUGGGGUCAUCUCAGAUUAAACUUUGCGAAAAAAAAAUAGCAGCCAAUCAAAUUUACAUUCACAGCGACAUAUCAAAUACAAGAGCGUGAAGGAUCUAAUUUUAAUUAGAUUGACUGUAUCUUAAAAUACACAUAGGAAGAAGAUUCUCUAUCUCACACAGGUUUCUAUAUAGAAUGUUUUCGUAGAUUUCUACUUAAAAUUGAUUUAUACUCAUAUACGUAUAAAUGUUGUGAAUAGAAAGUAUGUCCAACAAAAAUAAAAAGAUCAAUGUCAACUGUUUUUUUCUAGCUGAGACAAAGAUCGACCAUGGUACCAAUUUUUAUUUUGGCAUUUACAUGCAUUUGCUGCCCCCUUUCACUUGUUAAACUGAAAUAUACAUGGUUAAACUGCAAAUGUUACCUUAAUUAAAUAUAACAGCAUUUAUAAGGAUUUAUAAAGUAUGUUUGAUGCCUGCACAAAAAUUAUCCUUUUGAUAAGGGAGGGAAUUUUUCCAAUUGGCUUUUCUUCAUUCCAAUACCUUAGCGCAAUAAGAGUGUUGAAUAUGAAAUGUUUAUAGUACAUUACUUUUUCUCAGUUUUGUAUUUAUAGUGCAGAAAAAGCAUUGAUUGUUAUAGAAACUAUGAAUAAAUAUAUCAAUUACAA